UACUGCUACUAGGUCAAGAUGGCUGGCUGGUAUACUAUUGGGAUUGCCUUAUUCGCGGCCAUUGGCACGUUCUUAUUCGGCUUCGAUACUGGAAUAGCAACGACCAGUAAGACCUUUUGUCUGAACACUAGAGCAUGAGGCUAAUGAUUGCAGCAAUCGCACAUCAGAGUUGGAUCGAUUAUAUGAAAAACCCUUCCAAUGGCCUCACCGGUGCCGUCGUCGCUGUUUACAUCGCUGGAGAAGCAGUCGGUGCACUUACGCAGACCUUCAUCGGCGACAGGCUCGGCCGUAUCCGCUUUAUGCAGCUGAUGUGCAUCAUCGUGACUAUUGGCACUGUCAUUCAGACUGCUUCUGUAAACAUUGGAAUGUUCCUUGCAGGCCGCGUGCUCGCGGGCUAUGCGGUGGGCGGGAUGGUGGCUACGGUGCCGAUCUACCUGAGCGAGAUCUCUGCGCCCGAGUCGAGAGGCUUGAUCGGUGGUAUUUCCGGCUGUGGUAUUUCUUUCGGGACCAUGAUGUCGAACUGGAUUGGGUUCGCCUGUGGGUUCGCCCCGUACGGAGCGACACAGUGGCGGCUGCCUCUAGGAAUCCAGAUCCCUUGGGGCGUGAUCAUGUUCGUGGGACUUUCGACAUUCAUGCCGAAUUCUCCAAGGCAGUUGAUUAGAAGCGGGAAGAUCGAGUAUGCACGCCGUGAGUUCAUCAAGAUCCGACGAGACCUGCAGUCACACGAAGCCUUGGAGGAGUUUGCGUUUAUGCAUGCCCAGAUCGAAUACGAAAUGUCUCGAGAAAUCAAAUCAAUCGGUGAAGCCUUCAAGCUCUACCGCCACCGAGCGCUGGUAUCUAUCGCAGUUCAAACAAUGACCAGUCUAACGGGCGUCAACGUGAUUCAGUACUAUCAGACAAUUCUGUACAAGUCACUCGGCAUAGAAGCGCAUACCAUUUUGGCUCUAGCAGCUGUCUAUGGGACGAUAGCCUUCAGCUCAAAUGCAAUCACUACCCGGUACCUCACAGACCAGUGGGGGCGCAGGAAAAUGAUCCUCACCGGACUCGCUGGUAUCGUCGUGAUUGAGAUCUACGCCGCAGUCAUGCAGCGUGUGUUCCAGAAUACGGACAACCGAGUGGGCAAAGGAUUUGCCAUACUAGGGAUUUACCUGUUUGUUGUUUGCUACUACGGCAUGCUAAACAGCACGACCUGGCUGUACGGCGCUGAGGUCUUACCAAUUGCACUCCGGAGCAAAAUUAUGGGUCUCGCAGCGGCCAGCCAUUUUAUUGUAAAUGUCGCCGUGACGGAAGCUGGGCCGAGUGCCUUUGCAAAUAUCCGGGAGAACUACUACUACGUAUUUGUAGGGUGCACAUUGUUUUUCCUGGUCUUGGCAUGGUUCUACUUCCCGGAAACGAGGAUGAAGUCACUCGAAGAAAUUGCGAGAGAUUUUGGCGACAAGGUCGUUCUUGUCGACGAGGCAGAUGUGCAGAGAGAGCAAGCCAAAUUGACCAAGGAUACUGCUGGUGAUGAGGCAGGCGUUGAGCAGGUCGAAGUUGUCUCGAGUCCAUCCGAACAUGCCUGAUUAUGGCCCGAAUUGCCAGAAGUCGAGAUUAGCAUGAAUAUUAGAAGUACCCAUAGAACUGGCUAUAAAUCUGGGCACCCGGCGGGUUGUGGCGUACAAGCUAAUACAAGGGACGGGUGGUUCAUAGUUUUCGGACCCUUCUUAUAUCACGGGGUCGUAAUUCCCAUUCUUACCCUUCACAAUGCCAUCAAUGUCACCUGUGACCCAUCCACCGUAAAAGUCGCCUGGCUGCGGCUCGACCUUCUCGCCG